AUGGAAGGUCCUCAAACACCACAGGGGUCCGUUGUGAUUAUCGGAGCUGGUACUCAAGGUAGACGUCUGGCGUACAUGGUAACUGAUAUUCAAAACUUUGAAAAUGUUUUAGAUGCUGACAUGUCAAAGUGGUCAAGCCGAGGUGGCACUGUCUGUCUGGUAGAUCUUCAAGAGCAACAGCUUCAAGAUGCUAUGAAGUACGUGGAACAACUUCGUGCGGAUGCCACAGAUCAUGAACGAAAUUGGGGGAAGAUUGAAACCUCUCAGCCCUCUUCGUUACAAUCUACACUGAAAGGUGCAUGGCUCGUUGUUGAGUGUGUGCCGGAGAGCUUGGAGCUAAAGCGAAAGCUGAUCACCCAACUUGAUGAUCUUGCCCCCGAAAGCACAAUUAUUGCUUCGAACUCGAGUAGCUAUGGAAUCUUUGAAAUCAUCGAGGGCAUGAGCUUGAAGAACAACACGCGUAUUAUGAGCGCGCACUGCUAUUGGCCACCAGAGACAUCGGCGAUUGAAAUCAUGGGCCACAAGGACAGCGAUCCAAAGCUGAUCGAUCUAGUCUUGGGGCAAUGUCAAGAACAUGGAUUCUCACCUUUCCGUGUCAAAAAAGACUCGAUCGGCUAUAUAUAUAACAGAAUCUGGGCUGCUAUCAAGCGCGAGGCACUGCUCACAUUGUCCGAAGGUGUUGCCACGCCUAAAGAAAUUGAUGCCAUUUUCAAAGACGUCUUGAAGACGCCUAAGGGCCCAUGUGAGCAAAUGGAUGUUGUUGGCUUGGAUGUUGUGUUGGACAUUGAGAAUCACUACGCCGAAUCUCGGAGUGGUCUUCCUACAGAGCCGCGGGACUAUCUUCGGGGGAUGAUUCAAGAUGGAAGUCUGGGAGUCAAGAAUGGUCGAGGAUUUUAUGACUAUGAGCAAAAUGAAUUUCUCCAUAGUCCAUAUUAA